AGCAGCAGAAGUAGCAGGUAGUAGAAAUAGAAACAGCAACCGCGAGCCGCGUUUUAAUCAAUUAAAAGUCGGGCGAGUGAAAAAAAUGCAGCCGCUGGCUGCCAGCAGCAGCCAUCGCCGUCGCCGUUGCCUCUCUGCUGUCUCUGGAUGUGGUUGUGAUUCUAGAAGAAGUGGAUACGGACGUGGGUGGUAUCCAGUGUCAAGCGAGCAAAAAUUGUAAAACGCAAGCGCAAACAAACAAGCAUAAGCGAAGAAGCAAAGCAAAGAAAAUAGCAAAGCAACAACUGCAAACUGCAAACUACAAACAGCAAAGACAAAGUUCAGGGUCAUGGUCAGGCAGCUGUUGUGUUGAGUUUUUGUUGUUUUAUUUUUGUUGUUAUUUUUGUUCGAAGUUCGAACCGGACAGGACAAGAAGCUGCUUGCUACAACCCAGACAACAUGUCUAGCGAAUCAUCAACAGAAAGCGACAGCGAACUUUACGAUCCACUCGCCGAUGAACUCCACAAUGUGCAGCUGGUGAAGCAUGUGACGCGGGAGAACAUCGAUGCACUCAAUGCCAAGUUUGCCAAUCUCCAGGAGCCACCAGCCAUGUACUUAACAGAAUACCAAGAGCUGACCUCGAAACUUCACUUGCUGGAGGCCAAGGAGCAUGAGCUGAUGGAGCAAUUGAAUGCACUGCAACAGGAUGAGGAGUGUCAGAGUCAGAGUGAAGUUCAACAGCAGCAACAUGAUCAAACGGAUCAGCCGCAUUAUCAAAAUCAAACGCAAAUCUUGCAACAACAGCGUCAAUUGACGCGACAUCAUGUCCACGAGCUGAGCGACAGUUUAAUCUCGAGCUCAGGCUUUGGUUCGGGCACGGCGAGUCAAUGUGGCACAUUGACCAGACAACCGAAGGUUCUUCUGCGUGCCCAUUUACCCAAUCAACAGCGCACAUCCGUCGAAGUCGUUGCCGGGACACGACUCUGCGAUGCAUUGAUGAAGGCGCUCAAGCUGCGACAGCUGGAGCCAUCGAUGUGCGAGGUGAGCACAACGCCUCAUAGUGGACGACAUAUCAUUCCGUGGAACACGGACAUUGGCACAUUGCAUGUGGAGGAGAUCUAUGUCCGGCUGUUGGAUAAAUUCCCAUUGGGUCCGCACAUCAAGCAUCAGUUUAUACGCAAAACGUUCUUCUCCUUGGUGUUUUGUGAGGGAUGUCGACGUCUCCUAUUCACGGGCUUCUAUUGCAGUCAAUGCAACUUUCGUUUCCAUCAGAGAUGCGUCGGCUGGGUGCCAUUAUUGUGUCAGCCCUUCUCCGUUGACAGCUACUAUGAGCGUUUGCUCUCAUCCUAUCCAGAGAAUUCGGUUGGUAUGCCCGUUACGGGUCGCGGCAAUGCCGUUCGCUUCAAUGUGAGUAGCAGCCGCCGAUGCAGCAGCAGCGGCAGCAGCAUCACAACAGCAACAACAACAGCCACAAGCAGCUCUAAACCUUCUGCCAACCGACAGGGCCGACCUCCACGCAUCAGCCAAGACGAUCGAUCCAAUUCCGCGCCCAAUGUUUGCAUCAACAACAUCCGACCCCUCACAACGGAAACGCAGCGCAGUCUCAUCAUGCAGGCCAGGCCACCAUUGCCACAUCCCUGCACGGAUCACUCCAACUCGACACAGUCCUCGCCAACCAGCACAUUGAAGCAUAAUCGACCACGUGCUCGAUCCGCUGAUGAAAGCAACAAGAAUCUGUUAUCGCGUGAUGCCAAGAAUUCUGAGGAGAAUUGGAACAUCCAAGCGGAGGAAAUAUUGAUUGGUCCACUGAUUGGAUCGGGUUCCUUUGGCACCGUCUAUCGUGCCCAUUGGCAUGGUUCCGUGGCAGUGAAAACGUUGAAGGUGAAGACACCAAGUCCAGCACAGUUGCAGGCAUUCAAGAACGAGGUGGCCAUGUUGAAGAAAACACGCCAUUGUAAUAUACUGCUGUUCAUGGGAUGCGUAUCGAAGCCAUCGCUGGCCAUUGUCACCCAAUGGUGUGAGGGCAGCAGUCUCUAUAAGCAUGUUCACGUCAGCGAGACGAAAUUCAAGCUCAACACACUCAUCGACAUUGGCAGGCAGGUGGCACAGGGCAUGGACUAUCUCCAUGCCAAGAAUAUCAUACACAGGGAUCUUAAGACGAACAACAUUUUCUUGCACGAGGAUCUGUCUGUGAAGAUUGGGGACUUUGGUUUGGCCACGGCCAAGACACGUUGGUCUGGCGAAAAGCAGGCGAAUCAACCGACCGGAAGCAUUUUAUGGAUGGCACCGGAAGUGAUACGCAUGCAGGAACUGAAUCCCUAUUCAUUUCAAUCAGAUGUCUAUGCCUUUGGCAUUGUCAUGUACGAACUGUUGGCCGAGUGUCUGCCAUAUCGCAAUAUUAGCAACAAGGAUCAGAUAUUGUUUAUGGUCGGACGUGGUCUGUUGCGUCCGGACAUGAGUCAGGUGCGCUCGGAUGCGCCACAGGCGCUGAAACGUCUCGCCGAGGAUUGCAUCAAAUACAAUCCCAAAGAGCGACCAUUGUUCCGGCCGCUGUUGAACAUGCUGGAGAAUAUGCUCCGGACGCUGCCCAAGAUUCAUCGCAGCGCCAGCGAGCCAAAUUUAACCCAAUCCCAGCUGCAAAACGAUGAUUUUCUCUAUAUGUGCCCCAGUCCCAAGACACCGGUGAACUAUAAUAACUUUCAGUUCUACAAUAGUGCCGGAAAUAUCUAAAAGAUACAGAGGAGCUGGUGGAGAUUACAUGGAGACGAAGGAGAAUGAUGAUGAUAAGGUGGAGAAGGAGGAGGCUGUACCUGUACUUACCCCAUUGAUAAGGGAGGAUGCUUUUCAAAAUUUUAUGUUCUUGUUUCUUUUUCUUUCACGUAAAAGCAAACAAGUCAGAGCGAGAUAGAGAGCUGUGAAUCAAGGCGAGACAGUUCCGUGUGUUGCGCUCUCUCUUUCUAACGCAAGUGCUCCUUCAAAGUGCAUUUCUGUUAUCAAAAACAACAACUACAACAACUGAAAAUAAUAACUAUUACUGUAAACUAAAUCGCGCAUAUGUACAUACAUUUAAAUAUAUACACACACACACACAGACAUAUACACCAACAAAAACAUUACAUACACAUACAUACAUACGUUAGGCAUCUACUAAACUAGCUGAUCGAUAAAUUACAAUUAUAAACAAAACAAAAAUAUACUACUUAUUACUAUAACAA